UUAUUACGGAAGUACUAUCUAAGUAUGACAUUUCUUUUCCAACUGUUUUGGAUCAUCUUAUCAAAUCCAGUAUUGUUUAUACAACCAAAAACACUAUUUGCACCUGUGAAAUUAAGAAUGAAUGUACACUAUAUUCUUUAGAAAUUAUAGCUUGUCAACUUGAAGCUUUUCUGAAUCCAAUCACAGAAUCACUUGAAACAUUAGCUCUUUUAAAUUGGAAAGGAAGUGCACUAUUUAAUAAAUGCAUAAUGCAUUUCUACAAGCAAAGCAACAAGGAAAGUGAUACCGAUCUUCGUCCAAGGCAUUUUUCUGAUCCUCCAACAUUUAAUUUUAACGGUAGCAAAAAGCUUAAAUUGUUAAAUCAUGCAGUAGAAUGUGCCCAAACUGUUAUAAAUAAUUUGAUCAAAGACAAUGUAUCAAUGCUCACUAUCAAUGAAAUCUUUACAAUGGAAGAUGUUAAAAGUAUUGAUUGGCCUAACGAAACUGAAAUACUACAUGAGUAUUACUAUCAUAUCAAUGACACUUUUGAUAUUAAAGAGAGUCUUGAAGCUACCUUUGAACUUAUAGAGUUUUAUUUAUAUGCUCUAGCAAUGCAGCAAGCCUUUAAAAUGUAUAAGUUGGAGCAAUGUUUAAUUGACAUGGAUAAUAUAGUAAAGAAAGUCAAUUAUGUCAAAUAUGCCUUGGAAUCUACUGUAACAACACUCAAUGCUAAGCAAGUUGUGAAAGAUGUUAAGGGAUUUUUUGGAAUAAAAGAUAUUAUUGGAAAUUCAUAUCUUCAAUUAUUUGUGAGUAAACACAUAGAGCAAUUACGUAAGCUUUAUGAAUUUGCUUGUGAAAGAGGAUAUCAGUCUGAUGAUGGCUAUCAAACAUUUCGUUUAGAGUGCCAACUUGUAACUGUGGAACUACUUCAUGAAAAUCAUGAUGAACAACUUUUAAGUGCAUUCCAGAACACAAUGAGUUUGGUGUUUCCCUUUCUUAGACAUGAAAGUAGUCUAUUAGCUUUUUGGAAUGAUAUCAUCAGCAUUGGAAACAUUUCAGAAGCCAUAUCACAAUUGUCAUUUGUGAAUCAAGGUAUGAAUCUCAUUAGAAUGUGGUUCAACAUUUUUGAAGAAGAGGCUCCUCAGAACAAAGAGAAACUUCUUCGUAGCAUACAGUCUUCUGGUGUUUAUAAUUAUAAGUUUUCUAAAGAAACUGGAGUGCAGUUGACAUUAACAUUUAUGAAAAUUGAGGAAAGAGGUCAUAUGCAUGUUAUUCCACAACAGUCUUGCCUGGACAAUGAAGAUUGGACUGUUAGCACAAUUAAUGAUUUUUCACGAAAAUUAUUGUUUGUAAAUUUCAAGUCUCCAUCACUGGUAUAUUUUUGCCUGAAGUGGUUUGUGCAGUUUAAAAAAAUUGCUUUUGAACUUCUUGAUUGUUAUUCUGAUCUACAUUGCACUGGUCAUCCUGAAUACAGGAAGGAGGAAGUAAGAACGUUUCAUUUAAACCCUUGCUUCUUACAAUGGAGAGAAAAAGAUAAUAUACAUGUACCUUCAAAUGAAUUGGAUAGUUGGGUGUCUGGUUGGCAAGAAGGAUGGGGAAUUUUGAUGUCAGAACUCGACUUGAGUAAGAAAAAACUGGAAUCUUUUAAAAGUGACACUAAAAAAUUUAGGGAAGAAUAUCAAAUUUUAUCUUUUUUGAGUACAAAAAGGUUAAUUUCAAUUCAUGAGAGGAUCAUGGAGGACUUUUGUGAUAUUGAAACAUUAUUGCAUGAAAUUGGAUUUCUUUUCAUACUUGACAUUAAUGGGCGUUCCUGUUUAAAGAGUACAAUUAAGAUGAUUCCUGAGCUCGUUUCUGAUGCUAAUGUACAUCCUGUUGAAAGAGUUGGAAGUUUUUUGUAUUUUCUUGUACAAAGUGAUAUAAUACAUCCAUAUCUCUCAAAAUGUCUUAGAAGUGAUUUGAAUCUUAACAAGGAAAGAACCUUCAAAAUUUCAUUAAUUUCAGCAUUUUGUUACAGUAAUUUGGAACUGAUGAACUUGAUCCUAUGGAUUUUUAAAAAGAUUCCUUCGUAUUUUCAACUUCUCCGCUGCUCAGUGGCUACUAUUGAAGAAGAUAUUGAAUUGUUUUUUGACAGAAUUAAUUCUAGUGACUUUUCAAAAAUGAAAUACCUCAUUUUGGGAGUUAACACUAUUAAUAAUGAACUGCAAAGAGUUCUGUUGAAAAGAUGUUCCAUGCUAAGGUCAAGUUUCUUAGAUAAAAAAAUUAAUUAUAGCCUGAGUUUAUUUCUUGUUGAGUAUUCUCCAUCUUUGUUUUGUCACAUACAAUGGAUUGAUAAACAGGAAAUUAGUCAUACAUGUAUGUCAGAUGUUGAGAAUGUGAGAGAAAAGUGCAAAUUAGAAAGGCUUGGCAAAGAAUUUAGAAACUUCAGAGUCAUUUAUGGACCAUCUGGCUGUGGAAAAACACAUUACAUUAGAAGUGAAAUAAAAGAUCAUAUAAAUAAGCAAUCCAGGAAAAUAAAUAAGGAUCAAAAUUAUGUAUCAAUAAGUAUUGAUGAAACAUUUAGUAGAAAAGGAAUGUUUAAGCAAUUAACAAAAGUUUCCUUACAGCAAUAUGGAAUGCUUUAUUACUACAAUAUAUCAUUGUUUCUUCCUGAGGAAAGUGAUGAAAAUCACAAACUGAAAUUUAAUCAAUUGGUUGAUGAUGUGAAUUGGUUCUUUUUUGAUUAUUUUGUUUUGGGAUAUGUUGAAAUAUCUGUAGACACCAAACAGCAGUCACAUUGCCGUUCAUUGUGCUUACCUAGUGGCAUGUCAACUGAUGUGUAUAUUGAAGUUCCUUAUUGGAAUGUAAAUUGUGAUGUUACUAAAUCUUUCAACAAGUUUUGUGAGCUCUUUCCAGCUUUGACUUUACUUGGGGAACAAAUGAUUCCCAAAAUGGAAUUUGAUAUUGAGCAUUAUCAAGGAACACAGCUGGUGUGUAAGUAUCUCAAAGCAUCUCAAAAUAAUAAUUUGGAUCAUUUAUAUACUGACUUUCCAGGACAAAGGUCAUCUCCUAUAAAAAUUGGAAACAUUUAUCAAGAUCUUUCAGCUGAAGAAUGUAGAAGUAUACUGCAACAUAAUUUUAAGCAUAGUAUUGCUCAGUCAAAGUUAUUGCAGGCUGUAUAUUUGAAAUACAUGGAAAGAAGGUGCAAGUUGCUUGAAGAUUGCUUUCAACUGUGUUUUUUGCAAGAUGUAAAAGAUGGUAGUCUUAUAAAGGAUGAUAAAGGUGAAGGAUUGACAGGGUUUAGUCCAAAAAACAUGAGAUCAACAUUGUUCAAUUUAAUGAAAGAAGAAGUUGAAGACUUUUGUAAAAGUUCAGUAAUACAGGCAACUGAUGAGCAUCAACAGGUUAUUUAUGAUGUUGACAAAAAUGGAGGAAUUGUGUUCAAAUUUUUUUGUACUGGUAUACCAUCUCAAGAGAAACGUAGACAGUUAAGAGCAAUUGGCGUAAAACUUGAACCAAUGUCUGACCAUUAUUUUCAUGAUUGCCUCUCUGCAGCACUUAAUGUGAAAACAGAUGAUUCAAACUGUAUUACUCUAAUUAAGGAGAAGAAAUAUGUCCUAACUAAAGAUUUUGUUAGAAAAAUGCUUACUAUUCAUGAACGGAGAGAAUGUGGUAUGCCUGUUAUUCUUGAAGGUGAGACAGGAGUUGGUAAAACAUUUCUACUGCAAAUGUUAUCUUCACUUUGGAAUGACUCAUGGAAGCAACAGUUUCUUUCCCUUAAAAAUGAUAUGCAGAAUUUUUUAUAUGAAUUAAUGACAAAAGUGGAGAAAAGUGUUACAAUUGGUGCCCGAGCAAGUAAUCUCAUUUUGACAGUCAAAACAGAUUUAAAGGCCUCAAAAAGAAAAAUAUCUUUUAAAACUUUACAUGAUGUUCUAAAACUAGCAGUUUCUAGUAUCACAUAUACCAAGAUCAAAAUUGAACUGCUUAAGAUUGUGUAUGAUCCAUUGGUGGGUAAUAUUGAGCUUCCAACUGAUUCUCAUACUGACAAACCAUUAUUUGACUUUUUGAGAAGUAUUCAAGAUGAAAAAGAAACUGAUGAUACUAUAUCUAUGGCCCACGUUAUCAAUGGUAUACUUUAUGGCGAAUUAAAGUCUAUAUUUUAUAAACUGAGCCUUCACUCUGAUAUGAAACCAAAGAAAAUAGAGGAAUUUUUAGUCAGUGUUAACCAACAUGCAUUAAUGUUACUUGAAUGCUACAAGAAACACCACAGUACUGUACUCCAGUAUCAAAAACCAAUUAUUACUGUAUUUUUUGAUGAAAUUAAUACAUCUUCUUGUCCUGGCUACCUUAAAGAAGUCAUUAUUGAUAAAGCUGUAAAUGGACGAGCCUUAGCCGAGAACAUUUUUAUUGUUGCUGCAUGUAAUCCACACAGGGGUAAUAGUUUGGCCAUGCUAGCUAAGCAAAAUGACAGCUGGUUCAAUGCAUCCUAUUACGUCCAAUCUCUUCCUCACACCCUCAGCAUUCUUAAAUGGGAAUAUGGUCAGUUGGAAGCAAAAGAUGAAAAUGAGUAUAUUCAUAAAAUGCUUCUUCUCACUUAUGAAGACAGGAGUAAAAAUGUUUGUAAAAUUGUAGCUGAAAUAAUUGCAAGAGCGCAGGAACUAAUGAGAGCAUAUGCAUUUAAGCAUUUAAAAAGUAUCUUGAAUACUGAAAGUUAUCUUGAAGAGAAAAAAGCAGAACUUUAUGCUAAAAGUACUGUUAGUCAACGAGAUAUAAAGCGUGUUUUUCAAUUGCAUGUUUGGUUAGAGACAUGGUUCAAAAAGGAUACGAAAUAUGGAAAAAUAGAAAAUGACAUACAAAUCAUGACCCGGGCUUUUUAUGUUGCUGUAGCACUUGUUUACUAUUUCAGACUCAAUAUAUGUGAUAGAGAAGACUUCAAGGAACAAAUGAUGUGCUAUUCAAGUCUUUUUGAUACUUGUGGUCAAAACUUUGUACAAUCUCUAAAUGAUGAACUGAACUGGGUUGAUCGUGUCAUUGAUUUUUCUGCUGGCAUAGCUCCAACAUUUGCCUUAAAAGAAAACAUAUAUGCUAUCAUAAUAUGUACUAUGGCUCAUGUACCAAUUUUUAUUGUUGGCCCACCUGGAUCAUCUAAGACUCUAUCCUUUAAAAUAGCAAUUCACAACUGCCAAGGCCAAGAAUCUAAAAAUAAUGAACUAAAAGACUGCAAUACAUUUAAAUGCCUUGAUCCUCAUCCUUACCAGUGCUCAAAAAAAUCUACAUCUUCAGAGAUCGAAACAGUUUUUAAAAGAGCAAUUAACCGACAGCAAACAAUAGAUAACACCAGGAGGCUUGCUGUUGUAAUGAUGGAUGAAGCAGGAUUGCCAGAAGAUAGUCAUGAAUCAUUGAAAGUACUUCACCAUUUUUUGGAUGAUGAACCUUUAGUUUCGUUUGUUGGUAUUUCCAAUGAUAUAUUGGAUGCUGCCAAGACAAACAGAACAGUCACUAUGUAUCGGAGUGAGAUUUCAUCUCAAGAUCUUGUUCAACUAGCUAAAUACUCUUUAACUGCUGGCAAUCUGCCUAUCUCCUGGAACAGGGAUGAAGAGACCAUGAUCACUAACAUAGUUGAAGUGUAUGAAAAUUUGAUGAAUGACAGCCGCAGACCACAUAUUCGUCAAUUCUUUGGGCUUCGUGACUUUAUCCACUUUUUUGCUUACCUUGGGCAUUCUAAGAAUCACCAAGAUGAUGUCAUUAAGCCUCAAGCUGUUAUGGAAGCAUUAGGCCACAAUUUUAAUGGCACUAAAGAUUUCAGCAGCAUUGUACAAGUUUUUUUCAAAGCAAUUAAUUUUAAUCCAGAAAAUGUUAAAAAGCAAUCAUUGAUUCAACUUCUCCAAUCAAGUUUUAGAAAUACUGACAGAGACUUAUCUUCUGAGAAUCAAGUUCGAUACAAGCUUCUUAUUGACAGCAGUGAAGAUCAGUCAUUAGUACGAUUGCUAUUUCGAUUCGAUAUAUUUCGAAGAGAUGCAACCAAAAUUUUAUCUUGUUCCAGGUUUCCUUUUGAUGAUAAUUCACAGAAGUUAUAUACAACUGCUGCAAUAAGGCAUGCAGCUAGAGUAGGCCAUACUACUCUUAUUUAUCAAGCUGAAGAAAUUCAAGAGAAUUUUUAUGAUCUUUUUAAUCAAAGGUUCUUGUGCAUCAAUACGCCUGGAACCAAUGAAAAAGUAUUGUUUGCCAACGUGGCAAUCGGUACAAUUAUUAAACCAACAAGAGUUAGCCCUUUUUUUAAUUGUGCUGUUAUUAUUAAUAAUUCCGACAAAUCAAAAACAAGCAAACCUUUUUUAAAUCGUUUUGAGAAGUACAGCUUGAGCCAUGAAGUGUUAUUUCAGGAAUCCUUGUCGUCAUGCCAAUAUCACAUAAAAAAUAUCUUAGUGUAUGCUAAGAACAAUGUUGAAGAUUUUGUGAAAAAUUGUGGAAAGUCAUGUUUUUAUGGAUUCACUGAACAAACGAUAGACUCUCUCAUGCUUUUAGUCUUGCCUACUCAGCAUGUUACUGAUAGUGCGAAUGCGUCAUCCAUUGGAGCUGAUUUUGAGCCCUCUUCAAAGGUUGAUUUUCUUGCAUUAUGCCUUUUAAGGCAAUUCCAUCUUGUUUAUGGAACAUGUAUUGAUGUGGGUCAUUAUGAAUUGUUUUCUGAAGCUGUUUUAUUUGCUAUAAAUUCAAUUUCUAAAAAUGAUAAAGAUAUAGUUCAAAAAUUUUUGGAUGAUCCUAUUGACUUUGAAAGUAUAAAUGAAGUUGCAAGAAUGACAGUUAAGGGCAACAAAGUGUCAUCACAGUUGUCAUUGAAAUUAUUACAAGAAUUAAUAGUGAUAUUUCUUCAUUAUCAGUUGAUACGCAUUAUGAGUCCUGAAGGGCUAGUUACUUGCUGUGGGACAGAUGAAACAAUUCCUGAUUUUUAUAAGAAGUGCUAUAUUCGAUAUCAGCAUCACUUUUCGUUGCAUAAUUUUAUACAAGAACAGUAUCAGCUUCUUGAUAAAAGAAAAGAAUUUGUAGCAAAAAAAUUUCUUUGUUUUACACAUACCUCUCAAAGUAUAAUGGAGAUGAUUCCAAAUUAUACUUCUUGCCAUUCAAAGUAUACACAGGAAAAGGAAAAAAUGCAAGAAUUUUUCUGCUUUGAUGAAGAAAGAAAAUUUCAUACUUACAUUAUGUCUCAUGCAACAAGUCAAGAAAAAAUUCAAGAUAUUUUGAGGAUGUUUUUGGAAUGUGAUAACUCAAAUACUCCAACUGAAGUCUUACUUUUAUUUGCAAAUAUGAAUGAGCUAGCUAAGGACACUAUUAAUCAUGCUAGAAUACUGAUUGAGGAAAGUGAGUGCUUCUAUCAGCAACUGCACUGUAACAAACUUAUCUUUUUUAUCCUACAUUUUCCACCGCAAAUGUUUUACAAUUGUUGCUAUCCAACACUUUUCUUAGAUGGGUGGCAACAUGUAUAUUUGGACAAAAUUGGUGAAAUGAAAGGAGUACAGUAUAUCAAUAUUGAGAAAUGGCUUGAUAUAUGUUUAUUGGAGAAAAGUACUGCAUCUUCUGAGUGUAAAAUGCAUGAUAUUUUUGUUCAUGAUUUUGUGUGGACAGAUUUGCUAAGUGAAACUAUUGUUUUGAGCUCUGGGAGUAUCACAAUGAAGCAGUUAAAAGAUUUUCCUCCCAAAGAUGCUCAAUUCCAGGAAAUUUGUUUGUACUGGACAGCAUUAUUAAAGAUUGAUGAAAUAUCUUCUGUCCUUAGUAAAAGAUUCUAUUCGUUUUGGCAGCAAGAAGCAAUGCAUGAGCUCACUUUUAAAAUUGCUCGUUUUGCUGUUACUUAUCGUUCAAGUUGCACACUGUCACAAGCGGUUGAAGAGACUAUCAAGUCUAGCUAUAAAGAAUUAGUUCUUUAUUUUAUUUGCAUUAUGAAUCAACAAUUUGUGAUGCACACGCUUCACCAGUAUGAUGAAAAUAUUGUUCCAAACACAAAGUUAAUAUGUGAAAUACUUAGUAUUCUUCCAAUUCCUGAUUCAUUGCAACAGCUGCAGUUAGAAGUAGCAAUUUUGACAAAACAAUCACAUAUUGAUACAGUGAAGGACUUCUCUUCUCCGAAAAUUCCUUUUUUCAAUCUUAUAUUUGAUGCCAUGGAGAACAUUAUCAAUCAAGUUUUCAAACAAUAUCUGCAAUCAGUUGAUAUUAAUGACGAAGAAGAAUAUUUAGAAAAUUCAGAAACAACUUGGGCUCAUGACAUCAAUUCAGCGUCCACUGACAAUGAUAAAGAUCACAUUAUUAAAAAAACUGAAGAGCUUAUUGAACAAAGCAAGGAUGAUUGUUUAAUCAUCAAAUUUGCCAUUGGAGCAAUGAAAGUCAAUGAAGAAUUCUGGGAUUAUUAUUUAGAAGACUCAUUGUCAAGGAAACUAUCUCGAGAUGUGUGCAUUUUUACUAAACAGUUUUUUAAUUUGGCCAGUAUUCAGUCAGAUGAUUUCACAAGACGUUUUAUUUCACUGCAUUAUCAUUUACGCCUGUAUAGAUUGGAUUCACAUUAUCUGUCUUUGUUACGGCUGUUAGAUGAAUGUGUUUGUUAUAUUGACACAUAUCAUGUAGAAAGUCAACUACUUAGCAAUCUGAAUAAAAAUAGUGUAUUGACCACUGGCAUUGAUGUAUUGUACACAUCAUUAGGAUCAUUACAUAAAAGUGGGAAAUGUGCUAAGUUUUAUGAACUUUCAGAUCUAUUUUAUCAAGUGAUUAGCAAUUUUAAAAGUCAUGAUGAUUUAGAUCUAGAUUCAGUUACCAAAAAGAAAUUGAUUGUGUUGUCCAUUAUAUAUUUUGUCAAUAAUCUGAAGCGACGGGAUGAAAUUAUUUUGCAGCCUUUUGACAAUUUUGUUUUGAAGCUGAUGGAAGCUGCCAAUAUUAUAUCAGAGAAGUAUAUUAAAGCUGUAUCUCUAGCUCAACUUGUUCAAGAAUAUUUUGAUGAUGUGAGACACAGCCACUUCGUGAUCUGUGAACAUAUUGUUGAGUAUUAUGUGAACCAACACAUUCAUGACAUGACUGAUGAAGAUAUCAAAUGGAUCUGGGAAGUUAUGAAUAGAAUUGAAUUGGAACAUGAUUUGUCAUCAAGUUGGUUGCAAUCCAAGUUCAAAUACCAUCUUAAAAAACUACUUGAAAAUCCACAAGAAGCACAUAUCUAUGGCACCAGAGAACUAACUGGUGUACUUUUAUUUAAUGACAGAGUGAGGUCAAUACUAGGUUCAGUAAUUGAUUCAAAGGAUCCUUCAAGCUGCUUCAAUUACUAUCCUUAUGAUUACAGAAAUUGUGCCUCUCUAAGAUUUAAAUUACAGAAAUCAAUUAAUGUUCCUUUAUGUGAUACAUAUUAUGAAAUUGUUUUGGAGAAAUUGCAAAGUUAUGAUUCUAGUAUAUCUGAUGUUGUUUUAUUUUCAAACAUGCUUUCAUUUUAUGAAAGGUUGGCAGAAAGUAUCAAAUCAGAAACAUGUCAAAGCAAGAAAAAACUUCUUGUUAUUGAGAAGCAAGCAGUCAUUCAAAUUGUCAUAGAGAAACUUGCUCAUAUUGUUGUUCAGCAUGAUGGAUCUACUGAUGAAAAUAUGAUUGGAAUCAUUGAAACAGUUUUGGAUGAGAGUAAUGCUGUAAGCAAGUAUUCAACAGCUGCAAUAUCUGACAAUUCACUUAUACUUCUGAUGAGGGUACUUCAAGUAUGUAGAAAUGAAAGAAAAUUAAAAGUUGAAUUAGUGGAUAACAUUGAUAAUAUAUCCUUGUUAACCAGUUUUAAAUGUGUUCGUCAGAUCACUGCUGUAUUAAAGUUUAAUCAAAUACCAAACGAAGGUUUUCUUCCUUUUUUGUCUCAAUGUUACUCUAGUCAGAUGACCCUUUUCAAUUCUGUGCAUGAAGCUAUGAAAUCCAUUAUAAAAUACCCUGGCAAAAAACAAAAAAUUGAGCCCAUUCAUCGUAUUGCUGUGAAAUGUAAUGCAUCAAAGCAAGAAAAGUUUACUUUUAUUAUGUCAGUCUUUCUCAGUGCUCAUAUCGAGUUUUUUGUUAAUAAGAAAAACUCUCAUAGAAUAUUGCCAAUAUUGUCUGAAGAGCUUUUUCAAUAUAUUGGUAAAGAAUAUUGGUGCUUCAUUGAUUGGAUGGCUAAUCCUAUGCCAGACAGCCCUAUGAGUUUGUCAAACCAAGAACUUCACAAUUUUUUUGUACAACCAAAUGAAGACAAUCAAAUGCACAUUCAGUGCUUGAUCGAGCUAGCUGCUGUUGUUUUAGGAAGCUCUUCUGAUUCUCACUUUUGGACUCACCUCUUUGAACCCAAUAACAUUAAGACAGAUUUUUUGCCUGGUUCUAUAAUUACUGGCUGCGUAGAUGCAAAAUACUUGAAAGUGAUGUCUCUCAAAGACACACCAAUCAGCUAUACCCAUAGGAUGAGUCUAAACUGGUUUUCACUUCUUGUUCUUCAAUGGAUGAACUAUGGACUCUUGUGUAUUGCAAUGGUUGUCAACUCUACAAGACACCACCAAGAUCUAGUUCAUCCAAUAUGGUCCAAUGAACAGCUACCUUCACCUCAGGAGGCUAUGUUGCAUUUGAAUGUGCUAUGGGAAAAAAUUGCAAUAGAUUGCAACAUUACCAUUGAUGAAAGAGAUUGUUUGAUGUUUUCUUGUAUUCAAAAUCUGUACAAAGCAUUCAUGAAACAUGAACUUCAAAGUCAUUGGUCAAUUUUAAACAGUAACAAUACUUGUACCACUCAAGAUGAAUUUUUGAAAGCUCUACGUCAGUAUGAAAUUACUGUACACACCAAUGUUUUUGUACCAGCUUGGAAUUCAUUGAAAAAAAGAGAACACUUUAAUCGAUUUGGAGACCCAAUUGUUAAUAAUUUAAGGGAUUUGAGAAAUAAUGUGAAACAACUCCAAAUAUAUGGUGGCACCCAGUUGGAUGAUUUCCUUACUAUUUUGCUUUCAUCAACUAUGCUACAUGACAAGAAAUGCGAACUCUUCACUCUCUAUCAAUUUAUUUUAACAAGACCAGCUUUAAAUGUUGGAGCCAUAGUUCUUCCUAAACUAGUGGAUCUAUAUUGCUGGAUUCAUAACAACCUUCAAUUUAAGGUGACAUUUGAGAUAGCGAGAUCACAAUCAGUUAGAACUGUUCUUGAGUCUCUUCUUGAUCAAUUUUUUCCUGGAAAAAAAGUUAAGGAAAUGACAAAAAUAGAAGUUAUGAUAGAACAAUAUGGCAAUCUCCGACACUUUUUCAAAUGCCUACCUGAAAUUAGCACUGAUAUGAAGUUUUAUCAUUUACUGCAUAUGAUUAACGGAAGUAAAGAUGUUCUAUUCAAAGCCAUCACUGAAAUAGUAGAAAGAUACAAUAGUUUUCUUGAUGAUCAUCAACUAAAUAUUUCUACCAAGGGGAGAUUCAUACAUGUGACUGAAGUCACUGAAGAAUCUUGCUUGUUUGCAAACCUCAGAAGUAUUGAUAAACUAUUAAGUUAUAGAAAUUUACAAGAUUUGAAGACGAUAAUAUUGAAGUAUUGCAGUAUGAGAAAUAUUGGCAAAAGUGAUCCUGAGUCAGAUAAUAGCAUAAUACCAGACUGUGUACCUGAGGUAUUUCACUUCAAAGCAAUUCAGAAUGAAAUAUUUUCACUCUUCAUAUCUCACAAACAAAAAAUCAGCCUUGAAAACUUUUGGAAAAAAUUUGAUUUUUACAAAUCCAUGCAGAAUAUUUCACCGCAAAGCUUAUUUCAUUCAUCAGUUCAUUACAAGGAAGUGAUUGAAAUAAUUGAAGCACAAUAUCCACAUCUGGCAAAAGAUAAAGCAGAUGAAAUUUCCACCAUAAAUGAAAACAUUGAUCCAAAUGAUGAGGCAUUGCUACCUAGUGUUAUAGAACUUGAGAAUACAUUUCAUUCACUUAAUCAUGAUAGUCUUGUGGAAUUGUGCAGUGGUUUAUUCUUGAUUCUUCAAAAGAUACUUGAAAAAAUUCCUAAAGUUGAUGACACUCAUAUCUACUCGUUGAGAAGUUUAACUAUUUGUGAGUUUCUAAGUGAGAGCUGUAGUGAUAUGAAUGAUGCUUUAAAUCAUGUUGGUAUUGUAAAACAUUCAGCUGAUCGAACUAGAUCAAGUUUAAGUGAGAGUCAAUACAAGUUUAUAAGUGAUACGCGUUUGAACGCUGUUGUUUAUCUGACUAAGUUUUUCCAAGAUUGGUUAGAAAUUGGUUACUAUGAUUUCCACCACCUACCCUUUUGCAUGAAGAGUCAUCUAGUUGAAGAUAUACAGCAUGACAUCACAGAAUGGAUGCAAAAUCAAGAAACACUGAAGAUUGUGACAGAUCUAGCAUAUUUUAUGUUUAAAUUUGAGAAGGAUUUAGUAGAAAAAGCUUGUUGCAACAAUGACACAGCAAUUGGUGAAGUUAUUAAUGAAGAGUUAGACAUUAUUCCUGUUUGGCUGCCUAAAGUUUCGGUCAAAUACUAUGUACACAUUCAUCUUGAGCUAAGAAAAAAACUUUUUGAAAGAGAGGAACAGCCUGAAAGUCAAAGCAAUUUGUCAGAAGGUCCACCUGAAGAGGUUAACCCUCAAAAGGAAAGCACACCACCUCCGAUUGUGAAAAGUUCUUCUGUUGUGUCAAUCCCUUCUCUGCCACAAACAAUAAUACCAGUGCCUUUCAUAAAUGAAAUUGACACAAAGGAAUCAGAACUAAGAAAAUUAGCAGAGAUGAAAACUGCAAAAGAUGUUGCUGAAUUUAUGAAUGCUGAAGGGUUUCAUGAGACUGCAGGGAUAUUUAGUGAAGAUGAGGAUAUGGAUGGAUUAGUGGUUUACGAGUUACUUUCUGAUGAUGAAAUAUUACGGAAAGAUUUUGCACUUCACACUGCACUGCUGCGUCUAAAAUUUCGCAUUCUCUUCAAAAGAUGGUUGACUAAUUCAGUUUCACUGCUUGGACAAGUUUCUCCUGAUAAGGUUGCUCAAUUAUUUUGGCGUCAUAAUAGGUUAAAGGAAUUUUGUGAGGUCAUUAAAAAGGAACAAAUAGAUGGUGAAAUGUUAGAAAUGGCAAAAACUCCUGAACUUGAAGAUUUGGGCAUAAUUGGAAUUCCAUGCACAAUAGUUCCAAAAGUAGUAAAAGAAAUCAAAGAGCAGUUGAGUGUGAUGUGUCCAGUUUGCAAUUGUAAAAUUGAAACGGCCUCUGCAAGUGUGAAACUCUUUUCUUGCCUUCAUUGUGUGCAUAAUGUGUGUUUUGAAAAGCUGAUGCUAAAAAAUUGUCCUGAGUGUCGUAAUCCAAUUCAUUAAUACUGAUAAUUAAAUAAUUUAAAAUUACUAUUUUCAGUUUUGACUCUA